UUGAACGUGGAGUACAGAACAGAUACCGACUCGCUGGGAGAGGUCAGCAUUCCAUCGGACGCAUACUACGGUCCGUUUACCGGAAGGGCCGUCAGGCAAUACUCGGUAACGGGAGCCAGAUCCCAUGACAACCUGAUACGGGCGUUUGUCAUGAUAAAGCGAUCGGCCGCCGUUGCCAACAUGAAGACGGGAGUCAUGGACGCGGAGCGCGGCGACACCAUCGUCGAGGCCUGCGAUCAGAUUCUGGCUGGCCGGUUUGUGGACCAGUUUGUGGUGGAUGCGAUCAACUCAGGGGCGGGAACCGCCUUUAACAUGAACUCAAACGAGGUGAUCGCCAACGUGGCGCUGGAGAUAAUGGGCAAGGAGAAGGGACAGUACCAGCACCUGCACCCAAACGACCACGUGAACAUGUCCCAGUCAAGCAACGACACGUUUCCCACCGCGAUGCAUGUCGCCAUCCUGGAAAAUCUAGUCCAAGCCGUGCAGGCAAUAGAUGCGCUCAUCGGCUCACUCUCAAGAAAGGCAGAGCAGUUUGCGCCGUGCAAAAAGAUAGGAAGGACGCACCUGAUGGACGCCCUGCCGGUAACCCUGGGCGGCGAGUUUGCCGCAUAUGCCACUGCCAUCACAAAGGCCAGGGACGCCAUCGCAGAGGCGCAAAAGACGCUGGAGCCAGUGGCGCUUGGGGCAACAGCUGUGGGCACCGGGGCAAACACGCCAGAAGGGUACAGAGAGACAGCAAUCACGGAGCUGGCAGAGAUCUCGGGGCUUCCGCUGGUACCGGAGCAGGACAUGCAGUACGCGUUGCAGAGCAGGUUUGCCGUCGCAAAGGCAUCCGCGUCACUGCGGAACCUGGCGCUGGAGCUUGGCAGGCUCGCAAACGACAUCAGGCUGAUGGCAUCGGGGCCCGUUGCUGGGUCUCUCGGAGCUUGGGAUUCCCGCGGUGCACGCCGGCUCGUCGAUCAUGCCAGGAAAGUGGCCCACGCCGCCCAGGGCGGGCAGUUCGAGCUGAACGUAAUGCUGCCGGGCAUGCUAAAGUGCAUGCUAGAAUCAACAGACAUGCUCAAGAACUUUCUGCCGGUCUUCUCUGCAAACCUGAUCGACGGCCUGACCGCGGACAGGGGGCGCCUGCAAAAGAACAUAGAGAACAGCCCGGUCAUAGUCACGCUUCUUGCGUCCCAAGAUCGGUUACCUCAAGUCGGCCGAGCUGUUCAAGGAGUCCCUGAAGACCGGCAAGACCAUCAGGGAGCUGGUGCUGGAGAAGGGGAUGCUCCGCAAGAAGAGCUGGAUGAAAUAUUCGGGUAGAGAUGGCAAGG